AAGAGCCUGACACUUACGUCACAGAAGACGAAGAAGAAACUACACAUGUUCCUCAUCAGCUGUUGCCACCGCUCGUGAAGACUCGGCUGAUCUUCGUCGGUGCAAAAACAUAAUUCUGGGGGGAAAAGAUGGCGCUGAUGGGAAUCCAGCUGGUUGUCAGUUUGCUGGCAGCCAGCAUCAUGCAGAGGAUGGCGCCACAUUGUUCCUUUGCACGUUGGCUCCUUUGCAAUGGCAGUCUGUUUCGGUUCAAACAUCCGUCCGAAGGGGAGCUUUGCGCUCUGGCUGGUAAACAGAUGCCCAAAACAAAUAGAAGAGAUAGGAGACAAAAUGGAGAAAACAAGCCUCUCACUGUGCCCAAAGACAUCGACCUUCACCUGGAGAAAGCUCCAGUCAACGCCAUGGAUGCUCUCGUGCUACGUUUCUUCCUGGAGUACCAGUGGCUGAUUGACUUUUCCGUCUAUGCGACGGCUGUCUUUCUUUUCACGGAGUGCUACUACUGUGUGGUGGACGCCAGCAAAGAGGUGAACAUUGGCGCCAUUUGGUGUGUCCUCACCGUUCUUUUCAGCCUCAAAGCCCUCCACACGCUGAUGAGCCACUACUUCCGCUCGGAGGAGGGCGGCGAGCGUUCCGUGUGCCUCGCGUUCGGCUUCCUGUGCCUGUUGGUGGCCAUGCUGGUGCUGGUGGUCCGAGAAGACUACCUGGAGUUUGGCUUGGAGUCGGGCUUCGCCAGCCUUUUCGACAGCCUGGAGGUGUUCGCUAAGCAGCAGGGCUACGCCGACUGGUCGGUCCCUGUCACCAAGCUGACGGUGAAGUUCGGACUGGCCGCCUUCUGCGCGUACGUGGGCGCCCUGAUGGCGUUCCCCGGCCUGCGUCUGGCUCAGACUCACCUGGACGCCGUGGAGAUGAACUCGGAGCGUCCGCUCAUUCGGUUUCUGCUACACGUGAGCUUCCUGUCUCCAGUGGUGAUGUUGAUUCUGUGGGUCAAACCCAUGGCCAGGGACUUCCUCGCCAACGCACCCAUGGGGAAAAGCUCCAUCACGCUGGUGUCCCGCGAUGCCUUUGACAGCGUGCGGCUGUGGACCGUGGUGGCUCUGUGUGUCCUGCGGCUAGCGUUAACUCGCUACCACCUGCAGGCUUACCUCAACGUGGCCCAGAAGUGGGUGGAGCAAAUGAAGAAGGAAGCCGGACGGAUCGCCGCCAUUGACAUUCAGCGGAAGGUUACACGUGUGUUUUGCUACCUGAGUGUAGUGACUCUGCAGUAUGUGGUUCCUGUGCUUCUUAUCCUCUUCUCCACGCUGGCCCUCAAAGCACUUGGAGGAUUCUCUUGGGACGGUGCAGACGUGACCCCCGACGUGACACCCGCCUCACCGAUGCCCACGGCAGCGCCGGUCAUCUCAGGCGCUCUGGACGAAGACGAGGAGUCAUUUGAGGACAUGGAGGAGGACAUCCAGGAAACGGUGGCCCGCCUGUCUGAGAUGUUGGCCGCCCUACGCUCCGUCCUCACGCCGCUUUUCUUCAGGGGCUUCUUCGCCUUCUUCACUUGGUGGGUGGCGGCCUGCCAGGUGAUCAGCUCGCUUUUCGGCAUCUACUUUCACCAGUACCUCAUGAACAACUAGGGCCGCACACAGAUGCACUGAGCUUUUGGGCGCUCUAGAAAGCGUGCUAUUGUCUGUGUGAGACCGGAGCCGGCUUCUGGUAUGAAAACAACACACACACAAAAAAGAUGUGUUCUGCAAUUUUAUGCAACAUUUCAGAGUCAAGCCCGCUGCUUUAAAUGCUGCAUUUGUGGGCAAUCUUAUGAAAACAGAAAUGUUAAUAUUACAAGAAUAAAGUCAUUUUAUGAUGGGAAGGAUGGAAUGUAAGAAGCAAACUUUAAAUGAUGUAAAGUUAAAAUAAUCUUUUCACUUUUACUAAAAGUAUUACCUGUUCAUACAAACAUGCUGUUAAUUAAAUGGACUUACUUGUUUCUUUAUUCUUGUAAUAUGACAUUUUUAUUAUCAGAUACAAAUACUUUUAGCGUCUAUCGACACCCCAAUGUAGUCUGGCUGUAGUGUACUUUUUUUUUUAUUUUAUACGAUUCAUUUGCAUGACCUGCGGUUUGAAAUGCUUCAAUGCAUUUUGUACUUUUUAGGGGGCAAAAGCUGCCAGUAAUAAGCAGGUUUGCUUUCUGCUCAUCAUUGCUGAUAGUGAUAGGAUAAGUAUGUACUUUUUAUUGAUGAUAUUGUAUCAUCAAGGAACCGAUUCAAGAGUGCUAUUUUUUUUUUUUUUUCAUUAGGAGUGUGGUUGAAACUUUUUUUGAUUAUGUAUGUUUUCCCUCCACAUUUCCCAAGUGCCUAAAAGCUCAGGGAUUUUUAAUAUAACCUUGUUAUCCCUUUGUGGGACUAUUUUGAAGUAGCUUGCAAGGAGAUUAAAUUCGCUACACUUUUAGUUGCAUCGUUUUAAUUGUUUUGCCAAAGUGGCAUUUGUUUAUUUAUUUAGUAACAUGUUAUUAUAUCCAUUCCCAAAGGGGAAUAUGUUGGUUUGCAUAGGAUCAGUGGAGUUGUUUUGGUCAGAAUUCAUCUUGAAUACUGUGAAGUCCAACUGAAUAAUAUUUGGAAAAUAUUUGACUGCAUGGUGUGUAUUUUUUGUAUUUAAUUUUAUUUUUUGUUCAUAUAUUACUGUAUUUCUGUGUUAUUAAAAUCAGUAUUUUUUGCUGCCA